GCUGCAGUGUUGCCGCACAUUCCGGGGCCAUCUUCCUCUUCCUGUUCAUUACAUACUCGAUUUUAGAGCAGCAAGAUGUCUGGAUUUCUGCGGGGAAUUGCUCGGAUCCGCACCGCUCCGGCUCUGCGGGGAUCAACCAUCACCCAGCGAGCCAACAUCGCCUCGCGACCUGCCAAGGAUGCGCUGGGGCCCGCUGAGACAACAGCUGGUCUGGCCAUAUUUAGUCUUGCCAUCCUGGGACCAGCUGGGUGGGUUCUGGCCAACCUGGAAAACUAUAAAAAGAGGGACUCCGCUGCAUCUGAGUGAUCAAUCUGUCAUUGACUGAAAGCAGUUUGUCUGGUUUUAUUGCUUUUAACACAUUGGGACCACCAUCACACAGACCUCCGACUUACCUGAACAGCAGAACGAUUCCUCUCCUUUGAGCCACCCAGCUACCUCUCCAUGCGACUGGUUACUUUCCUCCAAACACUCCGGUCUUCUUUACACCGAGCGUCUGCUCCUUCUUACCAACUGUGUAAUAAUAACAUAUAAUCAUGGGUGUUUCUUAUUACCUGGAGCUGUUACAUUUGAAAUAAACCAUUAUUUAAAUCUUAAA